AUGGGGACGCUGCCAGAACGGAAAGACAUCCCACUGUGGGUGAAAGUUCCCUAAAACUUGAAAGAUCCCGAGGUGUUCCAGGUCCAGACGCGUGUGCUAGACCCAGGCCUGGCGCGGGAUGGAUCUUGAAUCCCAUACAUAGAGCGAGUGAGUAAAACCAUGCUCGAGCUGAAGGUUCUGGAACCCUCCGACCUCACCGAGGUUGUAGUUUAGGGCUCUUCCUUGUACAAGCUCCGGACCACGUGGAUGCUCCAGUCCAUGGCCAACUGGCACUGCCAGCAGCAGGAGCGAAGGAUGUUCAAACUUGAGGAAGCCAUGAAUGCCCAACUAGGCCCUUGGAUGAAGUGA